AUGAAGUCCGCAAUCCUCAUCAUUCCUUUCCUGUCCCAUCUAGCUGCCUCCCAAACAGCGAAUUGGGGUCAGUGUGGUGGCCAGAACUGGAGCGGAGAUGUCACCUGCAAUCCAGUCGCAUCAUCCACUACUAGCACUAGAAGCACAACAAGUGCUGGCGGCUCUACUGCUACCGGCUCUUUUCCUAGUGCUAGUGGAACCAGCUUCGUAAUUGACGGUAAUAAGGGGUACUUUGCCGGUACCAAUUCGUACUGGCUUCCCUUUCUCACGAACGAUGCCGAUGUUGACUUGGUAAUGGGCCAUUUGCAGCAGUCAGGCCUCAAGAUUUUGCGGGUCUGGGGAUUCAACGAUGUCAAUACCGUACCCAGUUCUGGCACGGUUUAUUUCCAGCUGCUCGCAAAUGGUCAACAGACAAUCAACACUGGCGCUGAUGGGCUACAGCGUCUUGAUUAUGUCGUAAAGUCUGCUGAGGCUCAUGAUAUUAAGCUGAUCAUCAACUUCGUGAACAACUGGAAUGAUUACGGUGGUAUGAAUGCAUACGUUCAGAAUUACGGUGGAACUCAGACCGGAUGGUACACGAAUAGCGCAGCGCAAACCGCGUACAAGACAUACAUCAAGGCGGUCAUCAGCCGGUACACCGGGUCCUCUGCCAUUUUUGCUUGGGAGUUGGCCAACGAGCCACGCUGCAACGGAUGCAGCACCGAUGUCAUCUACAACUGGGCCCAGUCAACAAGCCAGUAUAUCAAGUCGCUUGAGCCGGGGCGUAUGGUGUGUAUUGGAGAUGAGGGCAUGGGAUUGAGCGUCGACUCGGAUGGUAGUUACCCCUUUGGAUAUUCUGAAGGAAAUGACUUUGAAAAGACCCUGACCAUCCCGACCAUCGAUUUCGGAACGAUUCAUUUAUACCCAAGCCAAUGGGGCGAGACGGAUUCCUGGGGCUCAUCUUGGAUCACAGCCCACGGCCAAGCCUGCAAGAACGCCGGCAAACCAUGUCUUCUCGAAGAGUAUGGAUCCAAGAGUCUCUGCAGCUCCGAGGCUCCCUGGCAAACAACGGCUAUCAGUUCCGUUGCCGCAGAUUUGUUCUGGCAGUGGGGUGAUACUUUGAGCAGUGGGCAGUCUCCUAACGAUGGAUAUACUGUCUACUAUGGUAGCAGUGAUUACACCUGCUUGGUGAAAAACCACGUUAGUGCAAUCUAA